AUGGACCUCGCAGUGAAAUACUUCAUAACAGUAGUGUUACUAGUGGAAGUCACUAGUCGAGAUUUGAACGAGACGGACAGGGCUGCCCGAGCUGCUUUUGUUCAGAAACUUCUGAACAAGCAGAGGCUGGCCGAAGGGAGGUUAAGCUGUUUGGUGGUCCUAACCAAUUUGAAGGCAACGUGUAUAUUUACCACGGUGGCCGCUGGGGAGCAGUCUGUGAUAAUUCCUGGGACGACGCAGCAGCUCAGGUCGUCUGCAGUCGUUGGAAUAGGAGUGGAGUGGCCACUCAUGCCGCGCAGUAUGGAGAAGCUAAACGUGAGCCACAUUCAACCAUAUUAUAGUCUUGAAGCUGCUGGUGCCACCUACGGAAAGUUCUGGAUGGACGACGUAGUCUGCGAAGGCACCGAGACAUCCCUGAACCACUGUAUCUUCAGUGGCUGGGGUUCAUCUGACUGCGAGCCUUCUGAAGCUGCCGGCGCCAUCUGUAGUGAAACUCCUGUAGCUCUCGUGAAGACAGCAAGGAGAAGUUUAAUGGAGACGUUGGAAGCCGAUGCUAGGUUGAGGCUGGUUGGUGGGAAGAGGGACAAUGAAGGAAGAGUUGAGACUUUGUAUCAAGAAACAAGGGCUACUUUAGAGCAUUCUGAUGCUGCUGGUGCUAUCUGUCGUGAAACUCCUGUAGCUUUGGCGAAGCCAGCAAGGAGAAACUUGAUGGAGACACUGGAAGCUGAUGUUUCGUUGAGGAUGGUUGGUGGGAAGAAGUACAAUGAAGGAAGAGUUGAGAUAUACUACAAAGGCGAAUGGGGCAGCGUCUGCGCAGACGGCUGGUCUUUCUAUGAGGCCAUUCCCGUCUGCCAUCAUUUAGGCCUCGGCUUCGCGGCGCAGGCCUCGCAAACUAACGUAUUUGGAGCCUCGAAGAUAGUCCUUAGCGGCGUGCAGUGUAAAGGGAACGAGAAGAGUCUAUUUGAGUGCAGUCAUGAAGAUAUUGGGGAGGUGAAGUGUCCUGGUGGUGUUGAUUCAAAAACCAACCCAGCCUGGCAGUACGAGACCCGUCGCCUGCUACGUUUCACCGCUGCCUCCCUUAACAUCGGCAAUGAUGAGUUCCGACCUUACCUGCCUAAACAUUUGUGGCAGUGGCAUCUUUGUCACAUGCACUACCACAGUAUGGAGGUUUUCGCGACGUUCGACGUCCUCAACGCGACUGGACACAGAGUGGCAGAGGGCCAUAAGGCCUCCUUCUGUUUAGAAGAUAACACCUGCUUACCCGGAGUAGACAAGAAUUAUUCUUGCAAGAAUUAUGGGGACCAAGGAAUUUCCGUGAACUGUUCAGACAUCUACAUGUACAACAUCGACUGUCAAUGGGUCGACGUCACCGAUGUGGAACUCGGUGACUAUACUUUUAAGGUGGCAGUAAAUCCUCACGCCCGAAUAGCAGAACAACAGUUCCAUAAUAACGCGGCUACUUGCGUGCUUCGGUUAUCAGAAACCUACGCGAGUGUGUAUGGAUGCACGCUUGGACGUCCAUAG